CGGGCGUCACUUCCUGGCGUCAGUAAUACCGUAGUUUGGUGCUCAAGGUCGUCGUCUCAUUGAUAAAAGUUCCACCCAGUGACAGAGUAACUUUUUGGAGAGCCGACGUUCGGGAAUGCGCCGCGCUCUGAGCUCGCGAUGGCUGUUGGCGGGAGUGUCCUUAUCUGCAGGAGCCGCUUUGGGGCUCGGAUACGGAACCUACCGGCACCAGGAAGCUUGCGGUCAUCUCCAGCGUUUCCCCGUGAUUCCGAUCCCGUCCGUUACCGCGGAUGCCAUUGGCAACGAGUCCCUGGUGCCGCUGGCUCCUGCUCAGCUCAGCCCAGGCAGGACGACCGAAAUCAUGAAGUUCGGCUUCCCCUCUCUGUCCCAUAUCAAGACCCGCGAAUCGUACGUGUUGGCUUAUGACCCCCGCACCAGGAACGCCCUGUGGGUGCUGGAGCAUUUGGACGCGGCCAGGCUGGGCCUGUCCUGCUCCGACCGCAGCCGCAGUGAGUUCAAGGAGGACCAGUCUGUACACGAAUACCACCGAGCACAGAACGCGGACUAUAAAGGUAGCGGCUUUGACCGGGGUCACUUGGCAGCGGCCGGCAACCAUAAACAGAGCCAGAAAUGCAUGGAUGAUACCUUCUACCUCAGCAACAUCGUACCGCAGAAUGCAAAUUUAAAUAAGAGUGCCUGGAACAAUCUGGAGAAGUACUGCCGGAGCCUGACCAAGUACAACAAAAAUGUUUUUGUUUGCACUGGACCCCUUUAUCUGCCAAGGCAGGAGUCAGACGGGAAGGUGUAUGUUAAGUAUCAGGUCAUCGGGAAGAACAGUGUUGCAGUUCCAACUCACAUCUUCAAAGUGGUGAUACUGGAGAAGCACAGCGGAGAAAUUGAACUGCGGUCGUACGUGAUGCCAAAUCAGCCAGUUUCGGAGAAUAUUCCCCUUGAAAGUUUCUUGGUUCCAAUCGAAAGCAUCGAACGGGCAUCUGGCCUCCUGUUUGUCAGCAACAUUCUGAAAAGAACCAAUAAUCUGAAAGCCAUAAGUGCCAGCAGUAAAUAAAGUGACACAUUGGGCAGUAACUGUGAUAGAAAAUUAUCAGGAUGUGGAAUGAAGAUUUGUUCUUGAGUGAAUUGUACGCUUCACUUUAUGGCAUGAAUAAGUCAAGUUUAUUCUUAAUUUCCACAUAGAUUUACUCAGGUUAAAGAUUCAAAGUACACUUAUUAGCAAAGUUUGUAUGCAGUAUACAACCCUGAGAUUCGACAGCCAUGAAAAAAACAAACAGCAUGGAACCUGUUCAAAGGAAAACAACAAACCUCCAACACGCCCCACCCAAAAAAGAAAACAAAUGAACAAAAAACACAGAAUAUAAACCAUCAAACCACCAAGUCAACAAAACAGUCCGGCAAUAUUCAGUUUCAGCUCUGUACAGUUUAAUCUAGUGUAGUUCAUUAUUUGAAUGUUUUAUGCACCAUUCAUAUUUAUGUUAUUUAAUUUAAAUUAUUAUUAAAUUCAACAUUGCAAAGGAAGUACCAUUAACUUGAAGAUGACUAUUAUUGGAAUAUUCUAUUGGUUUAUUUUACCGGGCUGAAAAGCUAUUUUAGGCUUUUUUUGUGGUUUCUAGGGAUCAUAUGGGUCAGCUCGUGUUUUCUUGGGAUGUGGACAUUGUUGGCAAAGCCAGCAUGUAUUCACUAUUUCGAGUUGUGACUGCGGUUUAAAAAAAAUCCCGUGACUCUAUUUGAAGAAGAAUGGAGAGUUCAUUUCGCAGCAUUUGUCCCUCAAAGUCACAUUUUGUAUAAAGCAAACUAGUUGAUUAAGCCCUCAGUUAGCUGUUCACAAAUUAGCUUUUCCAAUAUAUUUAAGAUAUUGGCCUGAAACAUAUUCUCCACAUUUACUGCCUAAAUUACUAUUUCCAUCCAGCAUUUCAUUUUUUUAAAAAAAUUCAGGUCUCAGGUAUUUUUUUUUUGCUUCUGGAAUACUCCAUCAACACUGGAAUAUUUUGGGGUUGUGAAAACUGCAGUGUAACCAAGCUCUAUUUUAAAAGCACCCCAAGUGCUGUUAACAUUUAGUAAACAGAAAACAAGCUGUAAAACUGGGAACAUCCAAAAGUGUGUUUUUUUAAAAAAAGUUUCUGCGGAGAAAUUAAGAGAAGUAAAAAAUUUGAACAUUGUCACAAGGUGAUCAUUGUGUUGGACUUUUUGUGGUAGGUCACACUUCUUAAAAAAAAGUUAUUUGUUUUUCGAAGUUACAUUUUUUGUUGAAGUUGUUUAUUAUGACUGUGUAUGGUUUAUAUUUCUUGUUUAUAGUCUUCAAAUAAAAUUAAAUUUUGA